GCAGUCAUUAUUUCCUAGUGUUAGCAACUGGUUGUAAUCUUUUACGAGUAUAUACAAGCGAUAGUUUACGGCGGCGUAAAAACAAAGUUGAGGAAAGGUUAAAGGAGUAGUGGGCUUGAUUUCCUUUGAGUACGUAUUGCACUGAAAAUGGAAAACAGCGGUGAAAGUGGAGACGACGGUGGUCCUUUGGGAUCGACGGCCUUCCUGGCAGGAAGCGCCGUUCCAACGUCUUACAUUGGCGUGCAGGAUGAUAUGGAAGAUGACCCUGAGAACACGGAUGAUUCGAAUCAUGGUGCAGCAGAUCCUCUGCAAAGCCCCGGAGUUUCCACUGGCAGUGGACCACUUCGUGAGCAAGAUCGUUUUCUGCCGAUAGCAAACGUUGCCAAGAUCAUGAAGCGAGCCAUUCCGGAGAGUGGAAAAAUAGCUAAAGAUGCGCGUGAAUGUGUUCAAGAGUGCGUGUCGGAGUUCAUUUCAUUUAUCACGUCGGAAGCGAGUGACAGGUGUCACAUGGAGAAGCGUAAAACUAUCAAUGGUGAGGACAUUCUAUUUGCCAUGACUACGCUUGGUUUCGACAAUUACGUUGAGCCUUUGAAAGUGUAUCUGCAAAAGUAUCGCGAAACAACAAAAGGUGACAAUCCUCCUAACGCUAACGCGGUCGCCGGUAAAACAGAAACGCAGGGUGCCAUGUAUGAAGAUCAAUUAUUUGCUAUUACUGCAACGGCAUCCAGCGUGACCACCUCCGAUAGCUCUGUUAUCUACAGUUAUUCGUCCAACGAGCAGAUGCAAUUUCAACUUUCCUGAUCACUGGGAAUUAAAGUGAUGUCGAUAUAAUUUUUAUUGUAAAACACGUGUGUGAUCUGUGAAACAAGGCGAUAAAAACAAUUGCAUAUUGCCGAUACAGAUCAAAUCUCGCGAGAAAGAAAAACGAUUUUUGCCUUUGGGCGGCGGAAUAUCUUAAAUUUUAACAUUAAGACAUGAUUAUUGUAAGAUUACGAGGCAACGUAUCAAAUUGAUCUUCUCGUAAAGGAGAGAAAACUUGUAGGUAUGAGCAUAUAAAUAAAUCAGGCGAUUGUUUGCGAAAGAGAUCUGGCCGAUGGUGGUGGUUACUUUCUCGAACAAGGAUAGAAAAACA